CACGUAUCUGAAGGUAUUUAAUGAAAAUUGGAGCCAAUUUUGCCCCAGAGUUGGGACAAUCUGGAGGCAACAAGAUGGCGGUGCUUUGGGUCAUCUUGCACCUGAUAUUGGUGUUGAGCGACGGGAUCGCUUCAGGGGAGGAAGCCAAUGACGACGGAGAUAACAGGGAGAGUCGAUGGUAUACUGACUAUACUACUUGGGCACCAACUGACUGGGGAUGGUGGGAAACGACACCAGCGGAGAAGGGAGCAAACGCAUCCUGCAACUUCGACUUGGGCGACUGUGGCUACAGCAAACAGUACUCCACGGGUGGCCUUCAGUGGAUACGGCAUAGGGGUUCUACACCUUCUUCUUCAACUGGACCGAAUGGAGACCAUACGACAGGACAAGGGUACUACAUGUAUAUUGAGGCUUCCAGCGGUUCCCCGGGAAAUAUAGCCCGUCUUGUCAGCCCUACAAUCUUCGACAACGGGUGGUACUGUCUGCAGUUCGCCUACCACAUGUACGGGACUGACAUCAACCAAUUGCGGGUGCUGGUCGGAUCAAGUGUCGUAUGGAGUCUGUCGAACAACCGGGGAACAAGCUGGCAUUUGGCAUCGAGGGAAGUCUACAUACGAAAUACGCAGAUCGUUUUUGAAGGUGUCCGCGGAAGCAGCUAUCAAGGUGACAUCGCCAUUGACGACGUUACCCUGUACCCUGGAUAUUGCCCGUGGACAGACAAUCCUGGCACGUACGCGUAUUAUACCGAAGAGACGACGGCGGCUCCCAGCACUUGGUGGUGGACCACAGCAUGGAACAACUGGUGGACAACAGCAAACACUGACUACUAUUACAACUUCCAGGUCCGACUGAGGGGCGGAGACUAUUACAGCUACGGCAGAGUGGAAGUCUACUACAACGGGCAGUGGGGGACGGUCUGUGACGACGGCUUCGGGUGGAACGAGGCAAACGUCGUCUGUCACGAGCUGGGAUUCGAUCAGGUCGACACCUACUACCACAACGCGCACUACGGCUCGGGCAGUGGUCCCAUAUGGUUGGACGAUCUCAACUGUUACGGGUCCGAGAGUUCCCUGCAGUAUUGCCCGCACCGCGGCUGGGGGAGCCACAACUGUGGGCACGGGAAUGACGUCUCUGUCUCUUGUGUCGUCCCAACGAGUACCGACAAGCCAUGGUGGUGGACAACUGAGGAUUGGUGGAAAACAGAACCUGAUCACUUCCAGGUCCGACUGAGGGGCGGAGACAACUACAGCUAUGGUAGAGUGGAAGUCUACUACAACGGGCAGUGGGGGACUGUCUGUGACGACAGCUUCGGUUGGGAAGAAGCCCGAGUCAUCUGCCGAGAGCUGGGGUUCUCUAACUACUACAACUACCACUACAGUGCCUACUUCGGCCAGGGCAGCGGCCCCGUGUGGAUGGACGACUUGCGGUGCUCCGGGACUGAGAGUUCCCUGCAGUACUGCUCCCAUAACGGCUGGGGAAACGGAAACUGCGGGCACGACGAAGACAUCGGAGUCGACUGUCGCUACUGGCAGGAAUCUACUCUAGAACCAUACACCAACUGGCAAACUGACAACUGGUGGAAUACUGACAGCACUCCGUACACUGAAGAGCCAUCUACGGUGGAAGUGACAACUCCCUCCUGGUGGGACCAAUCAACAGAUUGGGGAACAGGACCACCCCACGUUCCCUGUGGCGGACACAUCACCCAAUCGUCCGGUGUCAUCCAGAGUCCACACUACCCAAACAAUUACUUCAACCGCGCCGACUGUCAGUGGACCAUCAUCAGAUCCCCUGGAUCUACUGUACAAGUUGUGGUGGAGCGUUACGAUAUGGAAUCGUGCUGCGACCACUUGGACAUUUACGACGGCCGAUACAACAGUUCACGCAGACUUGCGCGCCUUAACGGAUCAGGGAGCUGGAGGUACUACUACAGCUCUUCCAACGAAGUCCUGAUCCACUUUACAAGCGAUUAUAGUGUUGUAGACAACGGGUUCAGGAUUAGAUUUCAAGAACUCUAUGGGACAGGCACCGCCGAAGUACCAACCGCGGUUCCUGACACAACUGACAGUUGGUGGUGGACCACAGCCUGGAACAACUGGUGGACCGCUGGAAACACUCAUCCUUACCACAACUUCCAGGUCCGACUGAGGGGCGGAAACUCCUACAGCUACGGCAGAGUGGAGGUCUACUACAACGGGCAGUGGGGAACUGUCUGUGACCAUGAGUUUGGCUGGGAAGAAGCCCGAGUCGUCUGCCGUGAGCUGGGGUUCUCUGACUACAUUAACUACUACCACAACGCGUACUACGGACAGGGCAGCGGCCCGAUAUGGAUGGACCACCUGCGGUGCUCCGGAUACGAGAGCUCCCUGCAGUACUGCCCACAUGACGGUUGGGGGACUCAUUGUGGACACAGCGAUGACAUCAGCGUGCUUUGUGGUGAGCAAUAG